CGCACAAAUCGAGCAGAAUCAAAAUAAUCGGAGUUCAGGUCCAGCCCUAAGCCUAUAUCAAAUCACAACUCACAAUGUGACUGUGACUGAAAGCGGCGGCGGCAAAGGCGAAGAAAGAGGCACGAACGAGACCGUCAAAAGGCUUCUUCUUUGUCUGCUUCGUCUUUUAAUCCACAGCUUCGCGGGUUUUGCGUGUUUAUUCUGUUCGUAAUUCGUCGUGCUGAAACCGGCAGGCGCAGAAGUGCAAUGAGCGAGUGAUUGUGAAGCCAGAAACCUGCUGCUAUCGGACAUCCUCACUAUCUUCUAUCUCCAACCGCACCCCGAUAUCUGUUUUGUUGCAGAUGCGAACGCUCCAUUCCCAUUCUCACCCCGACCCGAGCCAGUCUUCCGCUGAAUCUGCUCCUUCGUCUUCCUCUUCGUCUUCCUCUUCCUCCUCAUCUUCCUCCUUCUCGCGCCAAUCUCUGCGCUCGGCCCCGACCACCGCGCUCUCGGCAAACCCCGUCGUCGUCCACAGACCCGUGCUCGAGCGCGCUUCCAGUCUCUUAUCGACCACCACCGCAACCGCGACCACCGUCCCCCAGAUCGCGUCCGACAUCCCUAUCUGGACCCGUGCUGACCUCUACUCACACAUCCUCUCCUCCCACAACCCAGGACGCAGACCGUCUCUCGAAGAGAGGAAUUACUACUCGUCCCUCGCAGCUCGCUCGCACUUCUCCUCCCAAUCCUCUGCCUCUACCGCUCCCUACUCUCCCCCACAGUCAGAAGUCAUCGCCGAAGAAGAAAUGGCGCCAGUUCCGUGCACCGCCGAGCCCGCAGACGUGAGCUCUGCGCUGCAAAAGAAAAUAUUCGGCGCCGUCUGGGCCGAGGAGGUCCUGCCCGACGCGCAGGCAGCGCCGUCGGUGCUCUCGCCGCCCAUGCCCGCGCCAGUCGAGGCCUACAGUGACAAGAUACAUUCGCGACGGGUCCAUGCCAGCUCGAGCACGUCGUUCCUGCGGUCUGGGUCAAAGUUCAUGGGCACGCAGAUGUCGAGCCGGUCGACGUACGAGGUGCACGUCGAACUCAAGCAUGUGGACAUGAGCGAGUCCUUUGUGUGUGGAUAUCUUCACAUCAAGGGUCUGACAGAAGACAACCCGACGCUGACGACCUAUUUCGAAGGCGAGAUGAUCGGACCAAAGCACUCGUUCUUCACCCGGCGCCGCGACUGGGGCGCGUCGGAAAAGACAGAUAUAAUACACUGGGCGCGGUUUCCUUCGUGGCGACCGCUCGCAAAGGACGCCAAGCGUCCGGAAUACCGUCAUCUGAACUUUGAGCAGCGCGACCACAUCUUCAUGCGCUGGAAAGAGUGCUUUCUGGUACCGGACCACCGCGUGCGCGACAUCAACGACGCGUCGUUUGCUGGAUUCUACUAUAUCUGCUUCAAUCAAAUCACCGGUGCUAUCUCGGGUCUGUACUUCCACAAGGACUCGGAGAAGUAUCAGCAGCUCGAGCUCGCGCAUGUGAAGGACAGCGGCAUGUAUUACUCUUACGAAUUCCGAUGAGCAGACUCACACCCACACACAUACCACUGUUGAGUCUGCUGAGAAAAGUCUUCACUAUCAAUCUCAUGAUCCAUGAUCCUCGUUAUCUUUUUCGUACUUAUUUCUCGUCCUUUGACAUGGCUGUUUUUCGUUGGGUAUAAAGGGAUAGGAAGGAAGGAAGGAAGGACACGUCGGCUAGUUUCUGUUUCUUUCCCAUGUUUUUUUUUUCUUUUUGUCUUUGUCUUUGUUGUUGUUUUUUGUCUAUUAUUUUCGGCGGUUUAAUUCGGAUACAUAAACUCAUGGACGGAGCUAAUAAAGUACAAUUUCAUCAUA